AUGUCUACUUUACCUUCUUCCUACGAUAAACAACCUGAGUAUUUCAAUGAUGCUAUGUCGUGCGAAUACUUUUUGUGUCAAAAAACUAGUUCACAAACUUCAGUAUGUCUGUUCAAAACGAGAAAUCUUGGAAGAAUCGUUUGCAAGAAUAUUGUCAAAAGAACAAACUUCCAAUGCCUAACUAUCGAGUUGUUCAACCAACAUCAGGUACUAGCUUCCAGAUUUUUUCUCAUUCAGGCGGAUGUUGAAAUCAAUGGACAAUGGUAUCGCGGAGAUAAUGAUUUUACUUCGAAAAGAAAUGCCGAACAAGCAGCGGCUAAGACAGCUUACAACAGUCUUUCUAACGACGACAUGGAAUUACAGUCAGGAAAUAUCCACAUCGGUCAGCAUAUGCCAGAAAGAUAUGCACAUAUCGAGCAAUGCAUCAGCGAUAUGGUCAUGGCGCAUGGUGGUCGAAUUCGGAAAAUCCACCCACCCAAUAGCAAUGGAAUAUACAAAAUAGAAAUUACAGGAAAAUAUCGCUACUGCGAAAACGUCCAACGGCAUCAUAGGAUCAAUCGAGUUUAUUUACUUGUCGAUCCCGUAAACAAUAUUUAUUACCAGAAAUGCUAUGAUCCAGAUUGUCAUAACUUCCGAUCCGCUGCGCAAUCAUUACCUAUCAGAUAA